UCACAUGAUGCAUUAUUUUUUCCAGACAGAUGAGUCAUCUACUCAAAACAUGGAGGAUGUGGCAGAUGGGAAUGGAGGCUGCACCCUGGCCAGUCUCUGGUUUUUACUGCAGGAAGUUUACUACCUCAAACUCUUUAGAACCAGACCCAAUAGAGAUCCACAAGAGAAAGCUCCUCCUAUGGUUUAGCCACCUUCCUCAGGAGGAAAAACAGUUUGGAGGUUUCUUCAGCCCUGAAACCAUGCAUGUCGACCCACUGAUCCUUGAAACUGAUGCUGAGGAGAGGGCAGGACUACUCUGCUCUCCAUUCCAAACCCAAACACACUGUAAUCGCUCUGUAACUGUGGAACAGCUGUUUCAGCACACUGAUACCUGGAGUGAGGGCCGGGGGCUCAAUGUCCUCAUCUAUGGUGCUGUGGGAACAGGGAAAAGUACAGUGGUCCGAAAGCUGGUGCUAGAUUGGUGUGCUGGCACCACUCUGAGACACUUUCAGCUGCUGAUUCCUUUCUCUUGUGAGGACCUCAGUCAACUGUCAAAGGUUACGUCUCUAAGAGACCUGGUGAGCAGGAAGUACCUACACCUGAAAAAACACCCCCUUCUAAGUGGGGAGGGAAAACAGGCCAAGGAUGUGCUCUUCCUUUUCAACGGAAUGGAAAAGAUGCAACUGGAUUUCCGAAUUGGAGCCUCAGAGCUUUGCAGUGAUCCUAAUGAGGGACUACCUCCGAGUGUAGUUGUGGUAAACCUGCUAAGAAAAUAUCUGUUGCCUGAGGCCAGCAUCUUGAUUACGACAAGACUGUCUGCUUUGGACUGUAUCCCUCAGAAGUAUGUUACUCGUUACGCACAGAUACGUGGUUUUAAUGACCCAUCACGCCAGCGGGCGUACUUCACCAGUCGCCUUCUAAAGCAGAGUGACACUGCACAUAACCAAGAGGCCCAGGAUCUUGUAGAAAUGCUUUACCUCAACCUCCAGAGAGAAAGCCAACUUGCUGCUGCAUGUUUCCUUCCAUCGUACUGCUGGCUCACCUGUGCAACCUUACACUUUCUGCGUUUUACCAAUACCAAAGCCCCCAUCCGCACUCUAACUGGCAUAUACACAAGUUUCCUCAGGCUCAAUUUUGGGGGUGAAGUGCUCGGUACAGGAGCAGGGACGAACGUGCCCAUUCAGGAACGCCAAAGUUCUCUGAUGUUAUAUGUUGUCCGUACAGUAGGUAAGCUUGCAUUUGAAGGUGUGACAUACAAACGCACAUCCUUCUCAGAAGCAGAACUAGAGCAGUGGAUAGGAGGGAAGACAAAGACAGAUGAGGAGCUUCAUCAGCUGGCCAUGUUCCGCACCGAUGUACUAGACUUCUUUUUGGCUCCUUCCAUAGAAAGUGGUAAAUCUAUAUCACAAGACCUAAGGGAAAACAAUGAGAGGCAGUAUGUGUUUGCUGUCCCAGCCAUGCAAGAAUACCUGGCAGCACUCUAUGUAGUUCUAGGAGAGAACAAAUCCGCUCUUGAGAAGCUCACCAAGAAAGUGUCUGUAGCCAUUGGUCAGGCAAGUGAGGAUGUCAAUGCUCUUGUUAACAUCUUUUCUAAGUUAAUUCCCCUCCGAAUUUUUGCAGUAUUCAAUCUUCUUAAGCUUUUUCCAAAGCUCUAUGAGAAAAUCAGCAGUCUCAACAAAGGCAGUAUAGCCAGAACAAUGGCAGCUGAGCAGUUCCACACUGAGGAUAGCUACAACGAUGAUGUCCUUGACCAGGUAGAGCAAAACCUUGUAGGAGUCCAUGGCCCAAAGCAACAGCAGGACAGUGAACGUCAAACUUUUGAGCUGUACCCUAUCUUCAUGGGUGGGCUAUUGCACUAUGGUAACCGUGUGCUUCUCCAACAACUUGGCUGCAGCAUUCAAAGCACCACUGUGGCCCAGAUCACCCAUGCCAUUAGGAAAUACCUUGUUAGAGAGCUUAACAAGCCACAACCACCAGAAGAGCUGAUGGAUCUGUUGGUCCUUCUAUAUGAGUUCCAGAACCCCAGACUGACUGCAGAGGUUGUAGCUUCAAUCAGAGCUAUCCGCCUCACCAACAUUCGUAUGACUUCACUUAAAUGUUUCAUACUGAGUUCUGUGCUUUCCUGCACCCGCAAGGUAAAUUAUUAUCUGCAGUUUAACACCCUUGGUCCUGAGUCCUGCAGUCUGCUGAGAGACCUACUGCUAGAUCCCAGGAGUGUUAUUAGAUCUCUGAAGGUGAAAUGCAAAAGGCCUCAGAGACGCACCAAAAGCAUGCAGUCUUUCAUGCAAGCCCUACAGAAUUUUUUUUUGUCCAUGUCUUUGUGCAGUUUAUAUUUGAACCCUCUCAGUAAAGUGGCGAAGCAGUCCCUGUAUGCCCGAGGUGUUCCCCGUAGCCACAGUGGCCAACGGGUCAAGGUCCUGGCUUCUGUAACUGAAGGGACAGACCUCUCUGAGAACUGGCGGAACAUUCUCAGUGUUAUACGAGAGAACUCCUCAUCCUGGGAUCAGCAGCAUGUCAUACAGCAACUAAAGGUCUUUCUCGAGGAUCUGGAGGGGGGGCGUCAACAGCAGCAAAGCCUCUGGAAGAGGCUACAUUUCCGCAGAGUUGAGAAGGGAGUCCGGAAAAUUCUAAAGAUGUUUGAGGACAAUUUACCUCCCUCCAAGAAGUAACCCAGGAGGUGAUCAGGAAAUGAGUGUUCAAGUUUGAAUAGGAUAAAUCCAGAUAGGAGAAUCUUCAAACACCAACGACUAAGAGUCUAGGACAGGGGUUUUAAAACAGGCCAGCAGACUAUAUCAGGCCCACAAUACAAUUCUUUCUAGCCAGCAAAAUAAUUUCAUAUGUCAGUUAUUGAUGUGGUCUGUAUGUGGGAGCUGAAUCUUCAGCCCUGCUGAGAAUUCAUGCAGACAGGGGUUGGGCUUUAUUUUGAUAGGUACACCAUGCGGACAAUCAUGUGUUACAUUCCCCUUAAAGGUGCAGGGGAUGAGGGAAAGUAAUAAAAGUUGUCCAGGUUGAAAAAAGAAGAUAGGGAGGUCAUUCAUACUAUGCAAAGUAAUUAAGCAAUAAACAAUUAAAUGAAAAAA